GCAGGUUAAAAGGAAGGUGUUCGUUGUUUGGGUUGAUGGAAAAUAGCGCGCACAGUCUGGAGACACCUCCUUGCUGUUCUUUCUGUUCUUUCUUCCUGAUCCUGGCUCAUCAUUGUAAUGAUGAUGAUGAUGAUGUUGGAAAACUUUUAUUGCGACAUCCACAAUUUAAAGUAGCAAAUGCUUCUCUUGAGUUUAGUCUCCAAAGAUUGUUCGCGGCGCUGCGCUCCACUGAUCCAGGGCUGGCUCUGCAGAUCCAGUGUUACCAGUGUGAGGAGAUGACACACGACUGCUCCAGCCCCGAGUUCAUCGUCAACUGCACCGUGAACGUGCAGGACAUGUGUCAGAAGGAAGUCCUGGUGAAGGAAGAUGGGAUACACUACCGCAAAUCCUGCGCCUCAUCCGGAGCUUGUCUCAUCGCGUCCUCUGGCUACCAACAGUUCUGCACCGGCAAGCUCAACUCGGUGUGCAUCACCUGCUGCAACACGCCGCUGUGCAACGGCCCGCGGCAGAAGAAGCGGCCGCCGCUCUCAGCUGCCAUGACACUGACCACGCCGCUUCUCCCCGUGUUCUCCCUCCACGCCCUCCUCUUCGUGCUGUCACACACCCUGUGCUGACAGUGAAGACGACGUGUCCCGCCGAAGACGUGAAUCAGAACUGCGUGAGCUGUGGCGUACAUUCUUUCAAAAAAUGCACUGUAUGUUCUAAACGGCGUGCAGAUGCUUUGUACAGUGUUUGUGCUCUUACUUCUCCUGCUUUGUGUUGCUGCACGCUCUCAAAGUACAAACCUACACACACGCAGACACACAACACUGGGAAACUUCCUCUUCACGUGUCAUGUGAUCACAAGUGGAGCUGGGUCAGGUUUGGCUUAUUUUCAAUUUACUGAAAACAUCUGAGGCCCUGAAGAGGCUGAUGAAUUAAAAAGUCUCUGAUAUUUCAUGGCUGUUGAAUCGUAUUACAGUAAAAGCCGUGAAGGCCUUCAUCAUCGGGAUAAACACACAAAAAGCCCUUUUAAACCCAGUGGUCAUGUGAUCAGAAAUGCAGUCACAUGAUCUCUGCAGACAGAUUCAAUAGCCAUGAAAUAUUGAAGUUUUUUUUUCUCCUUAGAUGAGGUUAAAGAAUGUUUACCAUACCAUGUACAGUCAGAAGCACUCCCAGCUUGUUGUUUUUUGAAUUUCAAUGUAUGCUUUUGGUGAAAGCUUGUUUAGUUGUCUCCAUGGUAACCACACACUUACCUCCUGCCAGCUCUUCCAGUUACCUCACAGUGAUGCUCAUUCUGUGCCUAAACCAUGCGUACAAACAUUUUAAUGCACAACUGUGGGACUUAUCGAUUGUUCUUACCUAACUUUUAAUGAAAAUUCAACACUGCAUGUUCUUCCCAUGUGUGCGUGGGUUUCCUCCUGGUUCUCUGGGUUCCUCCCACAGUCCAAAAACAUGCAUUGGACACCCUAUGUCAGCUGGGAUUAGCACCAGCCACCCUGUGACCCUCAUAUGGAGGAUAAAACUGUAGACGAUAAAAGAAUGAACCAGCAAAAUGUAUUAAAUAACCAUGGAAUUGCUGCCCUUUCAUCCUUAUCAUCAUUUAUUGUCAUAAUUAAACUGUAAUCACUAUAAAUUGAAGGAGAUUUUAAAUGUACUGUCCAACAGGUGAGUAAGACUUACAUUUGUCCUUUCUGUCGCUCUGCAAGUGUCGCGUGAUCGGAGUAUGAAUCAGGGUUUACGGUGAGGAGGCAGGACAGUGCCAUAGAUCACACAGACCCGAGCUGUUUAUCAGACAUCAGGCGGCUCAUCCACGUGCUUUUUAGUUAUUAAUGCUGCAAAUGUCAAACAGGAAGACAUACUGUCGCUGGAAUAAGUUAUGUCCAGAUUCAUCGCUCAUCCUCUGAACCUUUAGGGAAAUGAUCUCCAGACGACAUCACUCCAUGAUUUCUUCUAUACGAACACAUAUUUAUGAACUGAAUGAGACAUAAUGACAUGUAUAACAAUGAUAUUGUUUAAUGAUACUGGGUAAAAGGGGUGUUGGAUUAAGAAACAUGGAUAUACCAUGCAUGUGCCGUGCAUAAAGCAUGCUGAAAACUACUGUUUUUCACACUAUUCUGCGCAUAUAAGACUGAAAUGACUUGUAUACACUGAGACGGAGCGACGGUAAUGAAGUAAGUGAUUUGUGAGUGAAGACACAUGGAGAGUGUGGCCGAGUGUGACUGACUGACUGACUCCAAGGAACGGCAACAAUUAAUUGACUAUUAAUCAAGCACUACAUUAAUCUUCAACUAUGUUUUUGGUAAUUGUUUUGAGUGGGUUGAUUUAAUUAAAUAAUAAACAAAAACAAACAAGUUAUGUGAUUUAAUUUCUUAUUUACGGAAAAGGAUUAGGCCACAUGUAAAAGAGAUUAAAGAUAGAUAGAUAGAUAGACAGACAGAUAGAUAGAUAGAUAGUCAGAAUUCUGAGAUUAAAGUCUGAUGAAAAAAUCUGAAUUAUGAGAUUAAAAUCUGAAUUAUGAGAGUAAAGUCUGAGGAAAAAGUCAUUAUACUGAGAUUAAAGUCAGAAUUCUGAGAAAAAAGUCAGAAUUCUGACUUUAAUCUCAGAAUCCAUGCCGUUUGUUUUUUUGUGGGUUUUUUUACACCUGGCCCUACAUUCCAUACUUCUUAAAUGUGACUCUUUGCACCAUUUUGAGGGGUGGGAAACACUGACCAACAUUUUUGACAUUUUCAUUUCAACUAAAUAUAUUAAAUAAAGUGAUUAUGACACAUUUUGGAGCACGGGUCUCAAACCCAAGCAGCCAGUAGGGGGCCAGUCAAGUG